CGUGGGCUCCCUGGGCCGAACAAUUCCGGACUGGGCUACCGCCGUCCACCGCAGCCACUUUCGACCCGCGUGCGCUCUUUCUCUCUCUCUCUUCCGGCGGCUGGGCAGUGGGCUACCGCCGCCGCCGCCCUACGCCAGGUGCUGAGGUCUUCGUCGAUCUCGAGCUCCCACAAGGGAAGCCGUCCAGGAUGGGAUACAACCGCCACAGGCGUGGCCGGGGAUCAUCCUCAUCGUCUUCGCGCCGCACCAAGCAAGAAGCCUCGUGUGAUGAUGAUGGCCUUGGGACAUCACUUCCAAGGCAAGAAGAAGGCACAGAAGACGAACUCAAAGGUUCAAGAAUUCAGCUUGCAAUGUGGGACUUUGGUCAGUGUGAUGUCAAAAGAUGCACUGGUCGUAAACUUUCAAGAUUUGGGCUUUUGAAGGAGUUGAGAGUGACCAAUGGUUUUGGUGGUGUUGUUCUCAGCCCUGUUGGAACACAGUGUAUAUCCAAGGAAGAUCAUCCUAUUGUGCAAAGAAAAGGAUUGGCUGUGGUUGAUUGUUCCUGGGCACGUUUAAGUGAUGUCCCUUUUGUGAAACUACGUUGCGGUGCUCCUCGUCUCUUACCAUGGUUGGUAGCAGCAAAUCCUGUGAACUAUGGCCGCCCAUGUGAACUGUCAUGUGUGGAAGCUUUAUCAGCAGCCCUCAUAAUAUGUGGGGAGGAAGAUACAGCGCAUUUGCUGCUUGGGAAAUUUAAAUGGGGUCACGCAUUCUUGUCUCUAAACAGAGAUCUCCUGAAAGCAUACUCCCAGUGUGAAAAUGGAGCUGAGAUUAUCAAUGUGCAGAAGUCAUGGUUAUCAAGUAACUCGAGUGUUCCAAAGCCACCUGUAAACGGGGCAGAGGAAUCACGGCAAAACACGGAGGGAUCUGAAGGUGAUUCAGACGAUGACUUGCCCCCUCUCGAGAAGAAUAUGAACCACCUGAACCUCGACGAAGAUGAAGAAAGCGAGGAAGAGAGUGAAAGCGAGUAAAAUUGUGGGCUGAAAGUGCUGCCAUGGUAACUUUACGACUGUUUUACAACUGAAUUUCAGUUGCCUUGCCUGCUACGAAGCAACCGUUGUAGGUGCUUCAGUGUCUAAUAGCCAGAAUAAGCUUCAGUGGCCUUUUCGCCCAGAUGUUGAAUGCAUGGUUCGAAAAGAAAUCCUUGUACGCCUUAGUAGUGUGUAUCUAUAGCACUAUCUUUGAAGAUAAAUGAUGAAUUGAACACAUUGAGAUCA